CAUUUAGGGCACAGGCUUCUGUAUGCAGUGCUCCUAGAAAUGCAGAACUUGCUCCUUGACGCAGGAUGUAGGGAUCUCUAGAAACCUAUCGCACAUCAGCCCUAGUUGUCAUUCAGGAGAGUCACAGGUUCCCCAUCUCUGCUCUAGCAGCAGAAUCCUGCGUAUGUUGGCUCGGAAGGCAGCCCAGUCUUCCGUGUGUUAAAUACGUGUAAUCUGUGUUGCAAUUAUGAUGGCAAGAAUGUUUGCAAGUAUAAAUUCCGAGAUCUGACCAUAGAAGAACUGAAGAGCGUACAUGAGUCGUACCCAAACACCACAUUUGCCAUGAAUACCUACACUUUUAAGGAUGGUUCCCAGAAAGACCUUUUGAAUUGUAGUGGCACUGUUCCAGUGAAAUACCAGGGUAAUUCAUACAACAUCCCAAUUUUCCUAUGGAUUUUAGAUUCUCAUCCUUUUACUCCUCCAAUCUGCUUCUUAAAGCCUACUGCAAACAUGGGGAUUUCUGUAGGAAAGCAUGUAGAUGCCCGGGGAAGGAUAUACUUGCCCUAUCUACAAAACUGGAGUCAUCCGCAGUCCAUGAUCAUAGGGUUAUUAAAGGAAAUGAGCGCAAAAUUUGAAGAGGAGCUCCCUCUGUUCUCAUUAUCAUCUUCAGAUGCAGCCAGACAGUCAGAGCUGCUCUCCUACAUUGCAAAAAUCACUGAAGGUGAAGACAACAUUCAGUCCAAGGGAGAGGGAAAGAAAAAUGAUGGAGGAUUUAACAAAGUUACAGUGAUUGGAGCAGGUGAUCUGGGCCUUGCUUGUGCACUGGCUAUUUCAGCAAAGGGUGUUGCUGACAGAGUGGUUGUCUUGGACUGCUCAGAAGGUACAAUGAAAGGAGCAGCUAUGGACCUGGAAAUCUUUGCCUUGCCUAAUGUGGAAAUCAGCAGAGAUUUUUCCGCCUCAGCAGGCUCAAAGCUGGUGGUGCUAACAGUGAAUUCUUUAGGCAAUGCUCAGUCCUAUCUGGAUGUUGUACAGAGCAAUGUGGAACUGUUCAGAGGCAUCAUUCCUUCAGUAGCACAUUAUAGCCAACAAAGUGUACUGCUUGUGGCUUCUCAACCAGUGGAAAUAAUGACCUAUGUAUCAUGGAAGAUGAGUGGAUUUCCUAAAAGUCGGGUUAUCGGGAUUGGUUGUAAUCUAGACUCUGCAAGAUUCCAAUACAUUAUUGCAAACCUAUUAAAAGCUCAAAUCAGAGGCAAAGAUAAUUGGAUUAUUGGUGAACAAGGGGAAAACAAAGUGGCAGCAUGGAGUGCUUCUAAUUCAGUGACAAGUCAUCAAGAUGAAGAUAUAGCAAAUCAAAAUGCCCAGCAUCUCUUAGCUAACAGAGCCAUGGAAGUUCUGAAAGGAAGAGGCCAAAAAUCCUGGUCUGUUGGUCUGUCAAUAGCUGAUCUGGCAGACAGUAUAUUGAAUGAUAAAAGGAAAGUACAUUCCAUAUCAACGAUGGUGAAGGGAUGUUACAAUAUAAACUCUGAAGUAUUUUUAAGUGUGCCUUGUGUACUUGGAAUCAGCGGAGUGACUGAAGUCAUCAAACUGCUGGAUAAAGGUACUGUGGCACAGGAGCUUCAGUCCACGGCUGCCUCAAUUCAUGAUCUUCAACAGCAGCUGAAACUCUGAAUACCAGCUAGGCAUAACUUGGUCUCUAAGAUAUUUGAGAGUUGCAGAAAAGACACUAUUGCCUAGGUGGCUACUAAAAAAAGAAUACCUCACAAUGUUAAAGCUUUGCUAAAUUUGGUGUAUAUUUAAUUAUAGGGCAUGCUAAAGACCAUCUGUCAAUGACACUCUUAUAAUAAAAAUGAUUAGGCAAAAUAGGAUGGAAAUAUGUACCAUGAAACUUAAUUUUCCAAACUUUCUAGAUCAUGGGUUGCCUUUUUGCUGGAUUUUGUACUCUUGGUUGUUUAAUUACUAGCUGUAUUAAUAAGAAAAAACAGUAUCUCUUCUUUUUCCUAUAUUGAAUGCACAAC